GGACGCUACAUUCUAUUUGGCUAGCUACAUGUCCCUGUUCAUCAUUUCCUUUGCCCAUCUUCCGUUCUUUUCAAAUCUCCCCAUCAUGCUUCAUCAUCAAUUCUUCUCUCAUUUCAUCUUUCAUCCCACUUACAUCGCCGAUGAGUAAUACAUGGCGGGGAGUAAUAAAAGUGCCGUUCCAAAUCACAAAGAUAAAACGGGAAAUAUGCAUGAGUCCAGAUGAGGUGCCAUCAACUCUAACCGGCGCCCUGACAGGCCCUCCAAUCCAAUCAUCACCCCAUAUGCCGGCACCAUGCUUGUUACCGGGGGGGGUUCCCUUUCUUCCUCUCUUCUCUUUGGGGGGAGUACGAAGGGGGCCACUCUACCCAAAACCUGCCACGACCAAACAAACAACAACCGGCCAAACUCCACUUGCCUGUCAGUUCCGGCAAAUCCUUAUCCCCAUGCUCCCUCUCCCCCUCCUGCUGCUACGGUACAUUUUUUUUUUUUUGCUCUACUACGUAUUACUACCUUACCUACUUCCUUGUAACAACAUGCAUGCCUGUACAGUACGAUGCCGGCCCCUCCAUGGCCUUCUCCGAAAAGGGAAUCUAUGGCGAGGCUAUCACCAACCCCUGACCGAUCUAUUUCGGAGUGCGAGGAAAAGCAAUUAAGAGAGAGAGAGAACGAAUAAAAACAAGGACGGAAAAAGAUGGCGCUACUAGCCUCCUUCGUCCCGUCGACAAGCGCUUUUAGUGUGAAAUGACAAUUGACAAGGCGGGCGAUGACCCACGCAGGCAAAUGGCAAUUAUAGCUGCCGUGUCGUCGUCAACCGUCAGAUAAGGAAGGGGGCGUUUAAUAAAAAACACAGAAUUUGAAAAAGAAAAAAAAAGAAAAAAAACAAGGCU